AAUCAGAUGAAGAGUACAGUGAUGAUGAUGAUAUGAGCUGGAAGGUGCGGCGCUCCUCCAUCAAGUGUCUGGAGACGCUGAUCAACACUCGCCGUGACCUCCUCCUCUCCUUCUACUCCUCCAUCUGUCCGGCUCUGCUCGCUCAGUUCAAGGAGCGCGAGGAGAACGUGAGGGCCGACGUCUUCGCCGCCUUUUCGGCGCUGCUGAGACAAACGCGGGCGGGAUCGAGUCGCCGGGGCCUCAUGGCGUCCUCGGAGUCAACGGUGAGCAGAGAGGAAGACGAGGAGGAGGAGCCAGGAGUCGUCAUGCUGAAGAAACAGGUACCUGUGAUAGUGAAGGCUCUCCACAGACAGCUGAAGGAGAAGAGCAUCAAAUCCCGACAGGGCUGCUUCAGCCUGCUCACUGAGCUGAGUCACACUGUUCCUGGAGCUCUGGAGACACACAUACCUGCUCUGAUACCUGGCAUCGUCUUCUCCCUGACAGACCGGUCCACCUCCUCCACCAUGAGGAUCGAUGCUCUCUCCUUCUUCCAUGUGCUCCUCCUCUCUCACCCUCCUCAAGCCUUUCAGUCACACAUGCAGGUUCUUUAAGGCUUCAUGUGAAUAGAAGUAAACAGCCGUAUCGCUUCCUACGCUCUCCGCCUGCCACUGGUCUCACUGACGGCUCACUAUUCAUCACAGCCGUCUGUUUUAUACCUCUCUACCUGUCUAUCUACCUGU